GAAACAGCAGCCUCAGUAAGUUUAAGGAUGACUGAAGCCGUUUGCUCUCCCAGGGAGGUUUAAGAACCACGGAGGGAUGAAUGGAGUUAGAGCUACUGCGCUCCUAGCAGCCAUCCUAUUACAGCCCUGAACAACAGCAGGAAUGGCAUGUCUAGCCUAGGUUAAUAAACCCUACCGAGGGCAUGCCUAAAAGCACUACGAAACAGCCUUAAGUCAGCUGGAGAAAACUAAUUUCAAGCAUGGCUGUCUAGCGUUCCUGUCAUUCCUAUUAUCCCUCCAAACUAUUUCAGACAUUUUGAGCAGCGAGUCCUAAGCGAUGAGUUAGCAGGGGUUGUGACAUUAAUGGUCCAGAAAGGUUCAAGCACCGGGAGGGAGCGAUGACAGCGCUUCACAACCGGUGGCAGUUCGGAGGAUUCCGCUGGAUCUCUGUUUGUCAAUAACUGGGCUUCGCCGGGGAGGAAGAUGUGACAGCUCUCGGAGGUCCUUCCAUCGUCCCACUGCAGCGAGCAGAGCCAACCCUGGGCAGCCCUCUAAAAUGUUUAUUUGGACCAGUGGCCGGGGAUCUACAUCUUACAGACAUGAUGAGAAAAGAAAUAUUUACCAAAAAAUCAGGGAUCACGACCUACUGGACAAAAGGAAAACAGUGACAGCCCUGAAAGCUGGAGAGGACCGUGCCAUCCUGCUGGGGCUGGCCAUGAUGGUGUGUUCCAUCAUGAUGUACUUCCUGCUGGGAAUCACCCUGCUGCGCUCCUACAUGCAAAGUGUCUGGACAGAAGAGACUCAGUGCUCACUCCUCAAUGCAUCCAUCACAGAAACCUUUAACUGCUCAUUUAACUGCGGCCCAGAGUGCUGGAAAAUCUCUCAGUACCCCUGCCUGCAGGUGUAUGUUAAUCUCACCUCUUCUGGCCAGAAGCUUCUACUCUACCACACCGAGGAAACAAUGAAAAUUAAUUCUGAGUGCUCCUACAUCCCCAAGUGUGGGAAGAACUACGAGGAGUCCAUGUCGCUGGUGAACGUGGUGAUGGAAAACUUCAGGAAGUACCAACGCUUCUCCUGCUUCUACGACCCCGAGGGCGUGCAGAAGAACGUGAUCCUCACCAAACUGUACAGCUCCAACGUGCUCUUCCACUCCCUGGUCUGGCCCACCUGCAUGAUGAUCGGGGGGGUGGCCAUCGUGGCCAUGGUAAAGCUGACUCAGUACCUUUCCCUGCUCUGCGAGAGAAUCCAGAGGAUCAGCAGAUAGGAAAGGAGACUCCUCUGAAAUUUAAUACUGUUUUUUCUCAUUCUUCACCAAAGAACCUUAAGUUUGUAAUGUGCAAGUCUGGUAUAAGUUCCUUACUAUAUUCUUCUAAGUAGAGCAAUAAUGCAAAAGCUGUUCUAUAUGCAAACAUGAUGUUAUUAUUAUGCAGACGACUGAAAAAGUUCCUGUUUUGUGUUGACCGUCUCUAUGAUCUUGUUUUUUGCUGGGGUUAGUUCUUUCUUUUCUACAGCCAAGAUAGGGCUCAGUGUGACCAUUGGCCAAGCUUUAGUCAGUUGAUGUUUUUGGUGUAAAAGAUGCUGGGGAAAUUCACUGCUGGACAAAGGGCAGCUGACCACUUGUGCAUCAUUGACGUCUCACACCUGGCUCAGCCCAUUGGAUGGAUUUGUGGCUUUGGCUUUUUUAAUAAUGGCUGCAGAGUGAAAAAGCAUUGAUAAGGGUUUUUUAAUGGUAAGAUGGCACAAAAAGGAUGUAUUUUGAGGUCAGGCUGGGAUAAGCAGACAGUAUUUUCAGCCUCGGUAGGAAUUGGUGAUGCUUUGUGUUUGCUCCCUCAGUUCAGAAGUCAAUUGUACCCUAUGGUGUUUGUAAGGUCUUUUGGAAAACACUUUGGAGUUUUAUUUUGUGUAGUGCUAUAAUUUUCUUCUGUCUUAUCAACAUAAGUUUUGUCACUUGCAGAAGUUGUAGCCAAAAAGCAAAAAACACCUUGUUCCAUUUUGUAUUCUAGUCUGAGCCCUAUUGGAGGUGGGACCAGAACUCCUUAUGUAAAGGUUUAUUAUUCAUUUGUCUUGUAUUUGCUACCAUAUCACUGUAAAGAAAAAAAUAACACUAUCAGCUAUUUUUUCAUUUUUUACU